AUGAAGUUCCUAUCAUUGAUUUUCAUUCAAAUUUUUAUCAAUUUUGGAGAAACCAAAGGAGGAAAAUUAUCAUGGGAAGAGAACCAGCAUCGGUUGGAGAUUUGUGGAGGAGCAGAUUUAAAACAAAACUCGGAAUGGUAUUGGAGUAUUCGUGGUCCCGGAGGAUCUGAUGGAUCUGAUUUUUUGUUCUCGGAUGCUAUUAUGAUAUCCGACAGACAUUUUCUAGCGUCCGCGUACUUGGUGUUGGAUGAAAAAAUGAAAUGGAGAGUAAAAAAUGUUUCUGAUUGGGAAUGUUCGUCUGGGUCGGAGCAUCUAAAAGUUCCGAAUCACGUUUUGGAUUACUACUCCCCUCGUUCAGCUCUGGAUAGGAAUACUCAGAAUAUCACCAAAAGCAUUCGUCUCAUCGAAGCGCACAUUUUGAAAGGAUGCAAUCGAACCAUACAAAGCGGAUUUAAAUUUCGAUAUUCGUUGAUGCUGGUGGGAUUUAAAUGGGUGGACCUAAUUAGAAAUACUCAUGUGUAUCCAUGUAUUGCUGAUCAACAAAAAACAGUUCAUGAGAAAGAAAAACUUGAUUCGUACACGGACAAGGAUAAAACUAUCAAAGUCGAAUUUUGCGAGGUGACCAAAAACACGAAUUCCCAAAUCGACUGCUUCUCUGACUCUCCAAGAUGGAUUGGUAGUCCCAUGAUGAAAAAAAUGAACGAUAGAAUCACAAUUGUAGCGAUUUUCACUUCAGAUCCUGUAGAUGAAAAAAAUUAUAUACAUCGUACAACAUGGGAUGGUUCUACCCGGAUAUUUGCUCAUUGGCUGGUGUGUGCUCAUUGA